AUGGCUAGUCAGUCAACAAAGGACGAAGGCAAGGUGAUAACCAGAGAUGAACCAGGCUAUCAAAAAUGGAUGGCGGAGCGUUCGUGCAGCAAAUAUACACAUAGUAACAAAACAGGUGAGAUAGUUUGUACUAAAAACUCAGAAAAAGUGGAUUUCAUGUUCGAGAAAGUCAUAAAGAUGUUACUUAUUGACUGUGAUCUUGCUGUCAUGUUGUUAACAGAAAAUGGAGAGGUAUAUCAUUGGUGGGAUGUUACAUGGGCUGAACCUAAUUUAAAGUAUUAUUCUCAUCUAAUUGAUUUGAGAUAUUCACGUGUUGUACAAAGUGCAACUGGUGGCGACCAUACUUUUAUCAUUUUAACUGACGAUCAAAAGGUAUUCUAUUUCCAAAUCUAUCACUUUAAUGGCCUGUCCUGGCUGAGACAGAUGCAUUUCCAGACAAAGGUCGAGUCUAUUUGUUGUGGACACAGUUUCUUCGUAGUGCUUACUGCAGACAACAAGAUAUACACUUGGGGAAAAAAUAAUCGUGGUCAAUUAGGUGUUAAGAGCGAGGACACAUUUAUAGAAGAACCAGUUGAAGUUAAAAUAACAGAAGGCGUUAAAAUAAUGAAAGUAGCCUGUGGAUAUACACACGUACUCGCACUAUCUAAAGAAGGAAACAUUUUCGUCUGGGGUGGAAACUCUUGUGGACAAUUAGGUUGUAAUUGGAGAAAUGAUCUCUUUACUCCUGAGAUGAUUACGGCGAUAACGUCUAAGCCAACAAAAAUGUUGGAUAUUGCUGCUAUGAAAAAUAUGAGUUGUGCUAUAAGCGAAAAAAAACUCAUUUACGUGUGGGGCAGCUGUUUCGAUCAACAAAUUACAAAACCUAUUGAAUGUGAAUUCACGACUUUAUUUGACACAUGUACCGCGCUGUCUGCCAGACCGCAAACUACCGUUAAAUAUUUUUAUCCAGAUGAAAGGUCAAAAAUACUGCAUGAUAUCGCAAAGACAUUUAAUGAUCCUAAUAUCAGCGAUCUUGUGAUAAAAAUCUCAUGGCAAUGUAUUUAUGGCCAUAAGAAUAUUCUACAGUUUCGUAAUUCAUAUUUCAAAUCCAUAGACCAAUUUAUAACCUCUGAAAAUGAUCAAGAUAUCAUCAGGUUUGAUCAAUUUUCUUAUUCCAUGUAUUACGCCUAUUUCAAAUAUUUAUAUACUGGCAAACUUGAGGUAUCUCUGAAACAGAGAUUUGAUCUACUGAAACUAGCUGAUGAAUUGAAUGACAAUAGAUUCGAGGAAAGUUGCUGCAAAGCGAUAAAGGAAGACAUAAUGGAUGAAACUGUAUUUUCUAUUUACAAUACAGCACAAAAGUAUGACAGCAAAACAGUAGAGAAAUUCUGUUUCGAAUACUUUCAAGAAAACAAGAAGAAUGUGAUGGAGACGCACAGUUUUAUGGAAUUGAAGGAAGAUAUUAAAAAAACUUUUAUAGCUCUACCGAACAAACCUGAUGAAGAAUGUCGUCAUAACUUACAGUAA